AUGGCUUACGAUUUAUUUGGUUGGUUUAGAGAUAUUUUAGCCUCUUUAGGUUUAUGGAAUAAGCAUGGUAAACUUUUGUUCUUAGGUUUAGAUAACGCUGGUAAGACUACCUUAUUGCAUAUGCUAAAGAAUGAUAGAUUAGCUACUUUACAACCAACGUGGCAUCCAACCUCUGAAGAAUUGGCCAUUGGUAACAUUAAAUUCACUACAUUCGAUUUAGGUGGUCAUAUUCAAGCUCGUCGUUUAUGGAAGGAUUAUUUCCCAGAAGUUAACGGUAUUGUCUUUUUAGUCGAUGCUGCUGACCCAGAAAGAUUUGAUGAAGCUCGUGUUGAAUUAGAUCAAUUAUUCAACAUUGCUGAAUUGAAAGAUGUUCCAUUCGUUAUUCUAGGUAACAAGAUUGACUCUCCAAAUGCUGUCUCUGAAGCUGAAUUGCGUUCUGCUUUAGGUCUAAUGUCAACUACAGGCUCAGUUAGAGUUGAAGGCCAAAGACCUGUUGAAUUAUUCAUGUGUUCUGUCGUUAUGAGAGAUGGUUACGCAGAAGCUUUCCAAUGGUUAUCUCAAUAUAUUUAA